UUUGAACCAAAAGACAAAAGCAAUCCUUCUUAAUAUAAAUAGAAUGUGUUUAACGGUAAACCCUUACUAGAAAAAGGGCUACUAAACAAAACAGUUUUAAAUCUUUCAAACAACCAAAUUAAACAAAUAGUUUGAUAGAAACGCAGAUUUGUGCAAAAAUAACAACAAAAGAAAUAGCUAACUGUUAACGAGGCGAACAGCAACAACAAACAAACCGAUAACUGUGUUGAAAAAAAAUUAACAAAUUGUUUAGAAAAUUACGUUUCAAUUAUUUUAAACACCAAAAACUGUACAAAUCUUGAAUUAAUUUAAACGGUUCGUUUAAACUAUUUAAUUGCUUAGUGAAAAAAACACAUAGAAACAAUUAAUUUUUGAAAUAGUUGAAGAAUAUGCUGCAAGAAAUUAACGCUCAUUACUAACUGUCAUUGAGAGUGUCAAAUUUCAAACACUAAACAUCGUUAUCAACCGCGCGCGAACACGUUUUAUGCUACAGCGUCAGUAGCUGUGCGCUCCUAUUCCCCCAACAAGAUGAACGCUCGCUCGCAGGUUUUCGACCUCACCAUCGAGGGCCGUCAAGUGGACGAAGCCGUUGCCAGCAUCUUUCAUACGGUGCUUUUCCAUCGCUGCCAAGGCAAAUACAUGUAUACGGGCGAUGCACAAUAUUCCAUCGGCACUAUUGGCUACACCGACGUGGAUUGUGAUUUCAUUGAUUUCACAUACGUUUGUUGCACUUCCGAGGGGCUGCUGCGCACCGUUAAACGAGCCAUCAACGUUUUCAGCGAGAAGUUACGCUCCAAUGAAAGUUGCGGUUCCGGCCAAAUAAGCUUGGAAUUCUUUCAGAAACGCAAAUCGCGUUGGCUAUUUCAACAAGAGUGCAUACCAUGGGAGGUGUGGACAGUUCAUUUAGAUCUCAUAAAGUAUGAAAAUGCAGAUGAUCGCCAAAUUAGCAGAGAGAACGUCUCUGAUCUUCUAACCGAAAAAGUUAUCUACAUCACUGAGCUUAUGAAUCGUUCGGAUUAUGUGCCGAAAACGCCAAGUCAAAAUGAAUUAGACUUGAUUUUUGACACAUCAUAUCCCGAUGUGCAGCCGUAUCUCUUUAAGUUUGAUUACACGACUGCUGGCUCACAAACGCCCUCGGUGACCAAUACCGUUAAGAAGAUAAUUAAGGAGACGUUCACGUUGUGACGUGUAAUGCUUGCGAGUGAGCGUAGCCACCGCCAAAAAAUGCAAAAACAACAAUCAAAACAUCAACAACAAGAGCAUGAAGAGAAACCACAACAGCAAGUAAGCGCAGAAUUACAACCUGUAUAUGCUAAGGACACGAUUGUUGUGGCCGGUGGAGAGUACUUCAAUAAGGGUACAAGUAUUAUUAUUUCUCAAGUCAGCCGAGCACACCGUAGCAAAGCGUUGAGCGAACAUGUCAACAUCGAGCUGAACGCGCUCCAAACCACCACCUGUAUAGAUGCCAAGCCUAGCGAGCGCAAAUCAAUUUUGGCUGUUGUGGGUGGCAUAAUUUUGCUGUUCUUAUGUCAGCACAAUCGCCUCGGCUCAUUUUAGUUACACUCAAAUAGCAAUUUAUCACGCUGAACGCUGAAAUACAAUAUAAAUUUAAAUAGAUAGUUGCUAAACUCAACUUAAUUGUUAAUUGUUUACGGCUAAAUUGACUUGUGUUCCACCCUACACAAACUGAAACACCUAGCAAACCAUUACAAUAGAGCCCUCGAUUCGUGAGCGCGUACAAGCGCAAAAAUGCUGUGUUCAAAUUGUGAUAAACGCCCAACACUCGUUUCAACAUUCGCGUUUGCCUGUCGAUGUUUAUCUCAUUGUUUGUCUUCAUUGUUUUAACUGAAUUUGAAAUUUGUCAUAACUGAAGUGUGAAUAUUAAAAAACACAAAAGUGUUGUUGACUAAAUUUUAACUGCGAAUUGGUCUCAAGCUUCUACGUAACUCAAACGCGAACGCUCUUUGCUGGUUGCUUGUCAGUUUGUGUAGUAUUGCCAAGACGCUGUAUAAAACCCCACAAAAUCAAUAAUGGUAACUAAUAUUGCAGCUGCAAUGCUCUUACUAAAUAUGGAAAAUAAUAUUCUCAGUUUCAAGUUUAUCAAUGUAAUUACACGUAAAUAUAAAGCGAACAAUGCCACAAUUCAGCAAAGUGUUGUCAUAGCAUUCCCAAUAUUUAUUACAACCAAAUUUAAAUUGAAAAUGUUUAUGAUUUAAAACAUGAAAAAUUUUGAAAAUUUAAAAAUCUUGAAAAUUUUGAAAUUCCCUUAACCUAAAAUAUUUUGAUCGGAAAUGUGUCAAUGCGUUCAAUAUUUGCUUUAUACACACUAGUGUCUUGAAUUAAAUUUUAUUUAUUUAUUAUCAUUAUUAUUUUUGCUUAUGCACUGGUCUGCAUAAUUAAUUAAAUUUUAUUUUUUUAUACGUUAUCCAUUAUUAUGUUAUCAAAUCUUUUUUUAUCUUAAAGUUAAAUUGUAUUUUUUAAGUCAGCGUACCUUGCAUAGAAAAUAUAUUAACCUACAUUAAAUUGGGUUACACGGAACUCAUUCUCAAUAAGUUUUGCUUAUAUUUUAUUUGUUAUGAUUUUGUGAUCCUAAACUUGAUUUGAACUCAUUCAAGUAGAUAUGCAUAUAUGCGUAGUUUUUAUUUCUAAGUUCUAUAUCUUAAGCCUUAUAAUCAGCAGAUAUACAGCCCGCGUAUAUUUGAUUUGAACUGCGCAUACAAGCUCGUAUUCCUUAAGUACUUUUAUAAUUUUCGUUUUGUAAGUUCAAUAUAUGUAUACAUUUAUAUUUUUUUUUACUACAUAUCCUCUUUGUAGUAGCAAUGCAAGGGCUAAUGAACUGCUAUAGUACUGUAUUUUAUAAUUUGAUAUGUAACAAACAGCCUAAAAAUUACCACUGUAAGCACGAGCAAUUGAAAAACAAAAAAAAAAAAGUAAAAAUGUUUAAAGUAAUAGCACAAUAAAUGCUAUAGAUUGAUUAUUCUGUUGUAGCGAAUGAAUUAUAUCAAUUGAACGAACUCACCAAACCCAACGUGUACUACCCAUGAUACUAAGUAGUUAACGUUUUUAUGAAAUGAAUUGUAAUAAACGCGGUGAAGAAGCAAGUGCAAGUAAUAUGCAUAAUAAAUGUAGAUGUGUUUUUAGUAUGUACCAUUGAUGUUCAUCGUUGUUGUUGUGUAUGUGUUGCAUUGAUGUAUAGAGAAAGAAAAUAUAUUAAACUUAAAGCGACAUAUGUAUGUAUGUGUCGAUAAUGUGCUUGCUACGCACUUACAGCAACAAACAAAUUAUUGAAAUGAAAAUAUUUUAACAUUUCACUAUAUUCACACACUAUACUUUCUUUUUAAAAAAACGUAAUUGGAUAUUAAAAGCGAAAUAGCGAAAUUCAAAAGCAAUGCAUUGAAAACUAAAAUCAAAUGAAAACUUGCAAAGGCUAUUUAGUGCAAUGCUGUUAUUGUUAUUAUUGUAGCGGCAGAUGCAAGCUUAACUGAAAUGCAUACGAAAUAAUUUGCCUUUAUUGGGUGAAAAUGGAAAAUUGUAUUAAAUUUUUUUUAACUGAAAAUGUGUCGACAAAUGUAAAUCUUGGAGUGAGUGGGUAUGCCUUAAGCGCACUUUUGAUUUUUAACUGAAAAAAUAUGUGCAUAUAUGCACAUAUGUAUAUGAAUGUAUGCGUUUAAACAUUUUUUAGAAAUCGAAUCGAUUCAACCCAUGUCCCAACGUCUAAAACCAUGUAGCAAUCUACGUGCUGUUAUGCUGUACAAAAUAGUUUUUAGUUUUUUUUUAAGGAGAAAUUUCUCCACUCAUUUGGUGUAAGCAUUGUAAGAAGUAAUGAAAACUUAAUAAAAAUGAAUUAUUAUUUGUAAAUUUCUAAGAAUUGGUAAAUAUGUUAAUUUGAAAUUUUUUUUUUUUGUUAAUUUUAUUUUUGUCAAUUUUAAUGUAUUUAAAGUUGAAUUUGUUAAGCAAAACACUUGAGACAAUUUGAAACAGUCGCCAUGUGCACACUGAAAAUACCGUUAAAUAUGGUUUGAGUAAAUUUAGCAUACACUGAAAUUUAUAUUGAAAAACAAAAACACCAACAACAAAAUAACCAGUUUAUUGCAUCACUUUUAAAAUACGGUCCUUAAGCACAAACCCCCGCCCACAUUUACACCUACACACACAUAUACUGUAAUAUAUAUUUUAUACUCACAAGUGUUUAUCCAACUCUUAGGCAACACUUGAAUUUUACACGUGUAUAUAAUUAGCCACUUUUUGGGGCCGAAAUUAUGUCAAACCCUCAACACAGUCCACCAACUCGAUCCAUAUACAUACGUACGUAUGAACAGUACGCUAAUAUAUAAAACAAUAAUAUAUACAAGAAAUAUACUAAAUUAUACUUUGAAGCACCACAAUGUAACAGCUCCGAACUUGAACAAAAGAGCAUUGUUAUAAAUAUUAUUAAACUAAAAUCUAAAUAAAAAUUCAAUACAAAAAAAAAAAAAAAAAUUGAUCGCUGCAAUUCAGCCGUAAUAAAUAUUUAGAAAUAUUCAAAUUAUGAAUAAAACUAAUUUUAGCUUUGUAUUCUAACAAAGCAGCAAACGCUAAAUACACACACACACAUACAUUCAUGCAUAUGCACGCAAUAAGCACAUACACUGCUAAAAAAAAGCCUGUAAAUGAGCAAAACUAAAUUCAGUGUAAUAGCAGCUAUUUACCGUUAGCAAAAAGAAAACAAAAA